GGUUCCCUUUCAAUAUGAUCAAGUGCCUUAGUUUUUAAGUGCCUAGAAUAAUUUUGGAUUGUUGUGUAGGUUGAAUGUUGACAUUGCUUCUGGCUAUGAGGCACCUUGCAUGCAAUGGACGACAGGCGCCACAUUGUGCAGGUGUAUGUUGGAGCCGUGUCCCAGCAGUAUGAGGCUCUCAGCAUCGAGGUGCACAAGACUACACUGGCACAAGAAAUUGUUGCCUGCAUUGCUGAACGACUCGAAUUUCCCAAUGCUAAUAAUUAUUAUUUGGCUGAAGUUGUUCAUAAUGCAAAAGGAGAAGAAUGCAAGGAGCGCAGGCUGGCAUCAGAUGAAACUCCAGCCUGUCUCCAGGGGCUCUGGCCUCAGAAUUCAAUAUCACAUGAAAAUGAAGCACAGGAAUACAGGUUCUGCUUGCGGGAGAAACCAGAACAACAGAGCUGUGAACCUUCUCCUUAUGAAUCGCAAAUCAUUCGUGAUUACUUCAAAAGAUUCCUGCACACUGAGACUAAAGAGAAGGAGCAUCCUGAUCUCUGUCAGCUCAGUAACUUGACUGAAGAAACUCUCCUACAAAACCUCAAAGUUCGUUUUGAAAAUGGCCUCAUAUACACCUAUGUGGGCUCCAUACUCAUAUCCGUCAAUCCAUUCAAGUAUUACCCUAUAUACAACCCAAAGUAUGUAAAGAUCUAUCAAAACCAUCGAAUGGGAGAACUCCCCCCACACAUUUUUGCAAUUGCCGACUCAGCGUACCACAGCAUGGUGAAGCAGCGCAAGAACCAAUGCAUUGUCAUCAGCGGAGAGAGUGGAAGUGGGAAGACUGAGUCCACGCUCUUCCUGCUACACCACCUCACCAUGCUCAGUCAGAAGGGAUCUCAUGGCAGCGGAGUUGAGCAAACCAUCCUCAGCUCCGGACCUGUGUUGGAGGCAUUUGGUAAUGCAAAGACAAAGCACAACAACAAUUCCAGUAGAUUUGGAAAGUUCAUCCAAGUUAGCUAUAAGGAGAACGGCCUCGUUCAAGGGGCCUGUGUACAGAAAUACCUCUUGGAAAAGUCGCGCAUUUGUUCGCAAGCUCUGAACGAACGCAGUUACCACGUUUUUUACUAUCUGCUGGCGGGUGCCACUCCUCAGGAGAGAACUUCCCUCAAUCUCCUUAGACCCAAAGACUACAAUUACCUCAAUCAGAGCAAAUGCUACAACAUUGAAGGCUGCGACGAGCAGUUCGAGUUCCUGCGCCUGAAGCAAAGCAUGGAGAUGGUGGGCUUCACGACUGCUAAGCAGCAGCGGCUCUUCAGUGUUCUCUCCGCCGUACUUCUACUAGGUAACGUUGAGUUCCACCAGCCGCGAGGUGCGUACCAGCACGACGAGAGCGUCAUGGUGCGCAACACGGAGGUGGUGAGCAUCGUGGCGUCUUUGCUGGGCGUUGCCAACAACACGCUGCUGUCGGCGCUCACUGCCAAGCGUACUGUGGUGCAGGGUGAAGUGCUCAUCAUCAACUACCGUCUCAGCGACGCUGUGAUGGCUCGCAACGCACUAGCCAAGUGCCUGUACGGGGCGCUCUUUGACUGGAUUGUGCUCCAGCUGAACUACUCCUUGCUGAGCCUCAAAGACCACACAGGCGACAAGUCCACCAACUCCAUCGGCGUGCUCGACAUCUUUGGCUUUGAGGACUUUCCUGGACAAAACAGGUUUGAACAGUUCUGCAUUAACUACGCGAAUGAGAGACUGCAACGCUACUUCAACCAGCAUGUCUUUGAGUAUGAACAAGAAGAAUACCAGAGGGAAGGAAUCCCCUGGAAGCACAUCGAAUUCCAGGACAACGUUGACUGCCUGGCGUUAAUUGAAGCAAAGCGGACAGGUUUGCUGUGCAUACUGGACGAUCAGUGCAACUUCCCUGGGUCAACCGAUGAGACUUUCCUCGAGAAGAUCAACUCGGUGCACAAAGACAACCCACACUACGGCAUGCCUCAGCGUAGAGAAAGUGCCUUCAUAAUCAACCAUUAUGCUGGUCCAGUCAAGUAUCAGGUGAGUGGCAUAAGAGAGAAGAACCUUGACCUGAUGCGGCCUGAGGUGAUCACAGUGCUGAAGCACAGCCAGUACAGCGUGGUGCGUGAGCUUGCAGGUGCUGAUCCCGUCGCCGUCUACAGAUGGGCCAUCCUUAGGGCCUUCUUCAGAGCCGUGAACGCCUUCAGGGACACCACCAUCAAGAAUGAUAACAACAGCAGUCGUCGUGGGAGUCAGGGACGUUCCAAGUACGUCAUAGAUCAGUCGAGAAUAAACGCCGCACUCGAGAGCUCCCACAAUCGGCUCCGCAGAACUCGGUACUCGCGCAGCAGCAGCAGUGGCCUCAACAAUAGACUACGGAGCAGCACGUGCAGCAGCGCGCGCAAUAAGAGCCUGCAGACGGUGAAGGCACUGGCGCAGCGCACACAGGGCAGGGGUGGCAGGAAGCAGACCUAUACCGUCACAGGGCAGUUCCAACUCUCACUUCAAGCCCUCAUGGACACCCUUAGUCAGGCCAACCCUUACUUCAUUCGCUGCAUUAAAAGCAACGCCAAUAAGGAGGCGAACGUGUUUGACGACGCGUUGGUGAUGCGCCAGCUGCGCUACACUGGCAUGCUCGAGACUGUGAGGAUCAGACAGGCAGGCUACAGCGUCCGUCUCACUUACGACGAGUUCAUCCAGCACUACCGCAUCCUGCUGCCCAAAGGCUUGUUGAGCUCACAAGCGGACGUGAAGGCAUUCCUGUGCAGCGGAACGGCAGGUCUGGACAGAAAUGAGCACCAGGAAGGCAGGACGCGGAUCUUCAUGCGGGAAAGCGAGCGCAGCAAGCUGAACACGCUGCUGCACCAUACCAUCCUUAAUCGCAUCCUGCUUAUCCAGCGCUGGUACAGAGCUGUCCGGCAACGCAGGCACUUCCUUAACCUCAGAGCCGCUGCUCUCAGAAUACAGUGCUGCGUGCGGAGGUGGCUGGCAGAGCAGCACGUGGCUCGGCUACAGCUGCAGCACCGCGCUGCUGCUCUCAUCCAGCGGGUGUGGCGCGGCUACAGGCAGCGCUGCGUCUUCCUCGCCAUUCGCAGGGCCGUCCUUGCCAUUCAGUGCGGCUUCAGGGGGAACGCUGCGCGCGCCAGGUUUAAAGUUCUGGUUGAGGCGGCUCGGCAGCGACAUUCCGUUCCUCACGAACAGCUUCCUGAUGAUGGCCGGUCCUCCAUUUCCACACUAGUCUCUAAUCUCAGCUCUGAUGCGCCGCCACCAGAUCACGUACAAAGACGUCCAACUGUUGCGCUCCCUGACCAGAGCAGCUCUAAGCGAGAGCCUGCCGAGGAGUCAGACAAGGUGGACUCUAAAGUACGGCUUGAGCUCAUCAGAAGAGCCUCGACGGAAGACAGUGACGAUAAGUCUUCUGCCGCUAGUCGGAAGUCUUCUGUUAUAUCCCAAGUAAACAGUAUAGUAGACCCAGAAACGAAUAAUUACACCAGAAGAAAAGCAUCAGAUGAAUCUGUAGGUCUCCUACCUCCACGUAAUCAGAAAAAAACUAUAGGUAAAUCCGAGUCUGAUUUUAAUCUUGUUACAAAUCGUUCGUCUCUACCUGAACCUGCCAAUGAUUCCAACGAGUUGCUCGGUAGCAUCGUUUUGAAGAACGAGCUUGCGAAGCGUCAUCACUCGUCCUGUGACGUCAUGAGUGAACAUGAUAACCGAAGUGUAAUUGCUGCGGCUCAGCGGCCACCUCCUAGACGGAGAUCUGCAGCCAACAUCGCUGCACCGGAACACGUGGGCGUGGCCGGCGUGAGGAGGCAGAGCGAGCAGUACCGCGCGGGACAGAGGCUAGCGGCGCAGCGCUCGGUCCCUCUCGACACUGAAGCUUCUGUCUCUGCUGAGAGUAGCCCACCGUCAUCCCCAGGCGAAGGGUCUGUAGGGGGGGAGUCGCGCCCCCCCGGCAAGACCAAGAGCUUCCGGCAUCGGCAUUACCCAAAAGUGGCGCCUCCUUCUCUGGGCCACGCCAAAGGUCCAGCAUACGCUUCCGAGGACAGCUUAACUGAAGCAGAGGACCGAUCUCCGACUGCCCAGAACGAUGCAGCGGAUCAUUUACUUCUGUUUCCUGUUCGUCCGAGGGCAGGAGUUCCAGCCGUGCCCGCCAAGUCCUCGUCGCUGCCCAACGAAUCCGUGUUCUUGGGGACGCAGGCUACCAAGCAAAAGUACAACAUUAAAAGAACCUUCAAAAAUAUCAUGGGUAAAGGCAAGGAGGGCGCGGGCAGCGUGUACCCCGCUGAUGACGACAACAUCAGCGUGUCUACAACCAGCGAGGGGAGCGUCCCCCUCACCCCCAUCCUUCAGACGACCCUUCCUCUCGCAUAUAUCAGCGCCCCCUCGUUUGAAUCUUCCCUGCCGCCCGACUUCCUCUGCUCCGGCACGCGAGAGGACACAUCUGCUACCCUAGAGGUCGAGUCCCUGAGCUCAUCGGAGAGCUCGUCGGCUGUGAGCAGCGCCCACCUUAAGAAGAUCCUGGCCAGCAGCGUACAUAGCCUCAAACAAAGCCAGCUUAAGAAGGGAGACGUUUGCGGUGUUUGUGACGGAAUAUUUACCAACAGACUCUUUAACCCAGGCUUUAAGUGCAUAGUGUGCCGGCGCGUGUUCCACCAGCGAUGCCUGGACCAAAGCAGCAGCAUUCAGUGCAGCCGUAACUCCAGUUCGCUUCUUAUUCCGUCUGGCAAUCGUGACGCGCUUGCUGGCACUUCACCGCCUCUCUACCAUCGGCACUCUAUCUCUGUCUCUGGCAAGAAGGCACACACGACACCUGCUCUUCACCGACCUUCUGCAGCUGGACUGACUGACAUUAGUGCUGGCAGUGGCAGGGCUGAUAAUCAGUGGAACCUGAAGGGCAGCAGUCAGUUCGAGGACCGCACCAUCGAAGUGGUUCGCAACAAAGAACAGCUGCAGGCGCUCGAGAGGUUUAUUUCCUUGAAGCUGCACGGGCUCAAGAACGCACCUCACAAAAGCGGCCAAGAGGGCCGCGGGAGCAACGCUAAUGAUGGACCAGCUGCAAUCAUGGCGGAGAGUGACAAAAAGGAUUCACAAGUCGACCAGGUGUUCACAUUAUCGCUACACACCUUCAAAGAAAUGCUCCUGAGCGACUACAGCGGAUGCUCCUCAGACACUCCAGUUCUGUCCUACAAAGAUCUCACCAACAAAUUCGAGAAGAUGAUGGAGUCGACGGCGCGGCAGCACGAGUCAGGGUGUUCCUCGUUCCCGGUGACCAUGGGUGUGAACGCCUUCAGAGGCUUCCUCAACGAGUUCAUGGCUGAGAACGCUACUGCCAAGAAACGCCGCAGGAGAACCAACAGACGCAAGAAGAAAGAGAAAAAGCCCACGGAGGAAAUAGUGCACGGCUCUCACAAGUUCACUCACCUGCUCAUCAACAUCGCCACAUCUUGUGAAGUCUGCAACUCAUUCUUAUGGCUCUCUGCCAAGGGACUCACUUGCAGUAGCUGUAAAUUGACGUGUCACGAGAAGUGCCUGCCAAGUGUAGAUGUACAUUGCAGUCCCAAUGCUGGCAAAGCUGUCAUUACGGCGUCUGCGACCAAAAACAAAUCUCAGCAAGCUUCCAGCAGUGGGGCCAACACGAGCGGGGGGGCCGUGGCGAGCAGAGUCUAUGGAGUGCCGCUAGAGAAGCAGCUGCUCGUGAACGGCGUGCCGCUGGUGGUCGACAGGCUCAUCCAAGCUAUCGAGCACGACGGACUCUUCACUGAAGGCCUCUACAGGAAGAGCGCUGCCACAUCCAAGGUGAGGGAAGUGAAGGCGCUCAUAGAAGAGGACUGCGCGGCCGUGCAGUACGCCGAGCUGCCCGUGCACGUGCUCACCACGCUUCUUAAAGCUUUCCUACGUGAACUGCCGGAACCCCUGCUCACUUACGACGCAUACGACCCGCUGCUGCACGCCAGCCACUUGCCGGACGUGUGGGAGCAGCAGGAGGCUGCUUAUAAGAUCAUUAGUAAUUUGCCCGAACUUAAUUUAAAAUUGACAAGCAGGCUCUUCUUUCAUUUGGCCAAAGUGGCUCAUCUAGAGCAGCAUAACCGCAUGAACUGCAACUCUCUUGCAAUAGUUUUCUCUCCUUGUAUCAUUCGAUGUAAUAGGAGUUUACCAGUUCCUGAGAGCCUGAGUGAUGUAAGCAAACAGACCCUCAUCAUAGAGCGAGCUAUCAGCAAAAGGCUGGAAGACUACCGAGACACACUGUCUCGCAUAGAACGGGUUGACAGCGAAGCAGCAAGUACUGCGGCUAAACUCCACCAUUUACGAGAGAGUAAAAAAGCUGCGCAGCGUCAAUCGAGCAACCCUGUCGCUGGCAGUAAUGUCAAGCCUGACCCUAGAAUGGCGUUGCAUGAAUACAAUCUGGAAGAACGACUUUCCACACUUGAAGAUGCGCGCGAGCUUCUUGAAGACAGACUACCCGAGAUAUUGCCAGGCGGGAGCAGCGAGGAAGACACGUUGGACUUGUCUCGCGCAGGCUCUGAGGAAGACAUAAAUGUUGACACUCGCAGGAAGGACCUGGAGUUCAGUGAGCGAAACUUAUACCGCGUUGGGGUCAGGAGUGAGGCGGAGAGGGAAGCUCCGCUACCCAACCGUCGCCCCGCGUUGGGGCGUCAACUCAGCGAGGAUUCUCAACUGCGAGCACGUAGUGGUGCUGCUCUGCUUGGUGUCGAAGGGAAGGAAAACAUCAAGCGACGACGUCACAUCGCUCCUUCUAACCGCACUUUACCCCCCGACGACGAUGAGGAUGAUGACACAGUCAUGGUGUGAUGGUAAUUCAUCUCGCUUCUCUCUCAUUUGAAUUCAGUAGUCAUGUUCCUAUCUCGAAGUGCUUGAAUUUGAGCCUUGAAAUAUGGUUACACCUUAAUUGCUUCCGGGUUAAGGACGGUAUCGUUUGGUACAGAUGGUACCGGAUCACAAAUGUAUCCGCCUUAUACAGAGUGGUAACAGGAGUGACUUGAAAUAAGCCUAGUGCUAAUGUGACGUUAGGCGCGUUCAUGUGGAGCUGCCUUGGCAUCGUGGAAUGUUGCAAUAUCUCGUUAGUAUCCGCCUCAGAAAAUGUGCUCUAUUGUGUAGAGCGAUUCAGAACUUGAAGAUUGUCCAUACUUUCCUUUUUUUCAUGAAAUGAAAUUCCAUUAAAAUUUUAUUGUUGUGAGUUAUGCAUCGUAUGAGUGUUAUGAAGUGAAGGGAUGUCAUUUCUUGCCUCUACUCUUAAGAGAAAAAUAUUCUAGCAAGUGCUCGAGUGCAGUGCGAGUGCCUUCAUUGUCGUGCCAAUACAUAUGUGCAGUGUGUGUCGAUCUAUCGCUUUAAGCAGAGAAUUAUUUUGUACAUGUUAGUGUGUGGGUGUCCUGUAGAACUGCCUGUAGAGGCUGAAAAUUAAUCAGCAUCUUGUUUCCAAUGUCUAUAAAAUAUUUCUUGACCUCCAUAUGAAGUUUUACGAGCGUCAUGGCCUUGACGACCAAGCGCUACUACGUCAAGAAUUUCCUUUUAUUAAGUUCUCCGUCUCAUAUCUUUUUUUUUCCUUCCACCGCGUUGUUUUAAGAACUAAUAUUCCUAUUUAAAUCAUCACUGGUUCAAGAAAUGAAAUAUUUUCGAGUUGUUUGACUUGGUGUGUGACGAAAUACUUUGGGGUAGUCGUAGAGUUUAUUAGAUUGAAAUGACGACUAUCGAGUAUUGAUAGCGAAUUAUUUACUAUACGGAUACCAUUCUUUCAUAUUGUUCAAAAGAUAAUAUCUGAUGGAAAUCUCGUGUAAAUCUCAGAGGGAGACUAUCUUCUUACCCGCUAGUUGUAUUGAUAGAGGCUAUUAUUCAUGUAGCUCCGUAUUGCAUAUUAUUCUCGCACCUUCAGUCGGCAUGCAGAACUAUUUAUUGAAUAAAGAAUACCUAUAAUCCAAUGUUCCUGCCAAGAAAACGUCAAAGCUGGUUUUUGAUUGCCUUCUCAUCAUCUGAUACUGAAGUGGCUUGUCAUCCCGACACGACGCUCUCGAACGUAACGUAAUAAUGUCUCCUAUCCUGAUGUCAUUUGGCGAUCGCUUCGCCACGUUUUUCACUUGAUUUCAAUUAAGUAAAUCAUGUUAUCGCCGUGGCGAAUCCUUACUGCCUUCCAAGGUGCCGUCGUUAGUACAGUCCAUGAAGCUUGCCUGAUAAUGAGUAAAGUAAAGUAGUCAGUUAGCCCAUAAGGUACUGCGACUUGCCUGUUAGGUGUAGCGUGUCGAGUCAUGUUAGUCACACCUUAAGUGCUGUCUUAGUGUGCGUAGGUAAUUAUUUUUGCUUGCAAAUGGCAUAAUUAAUUGUAAAAAGAGAAACAAUUCUAUUUUAAGGCUAUUUUCAUACGUUGAGUAUAUAUUCUUAUUAAAUUUAGAUAAUUGAAAUGCUCUGUGUAAGUAUACGAAUUUGACGUUCUUGAAAGGCGGUGUGCUGCGUUGCGCCCUCGAUAGAUUCGUUUGCUAUUUUUUUUCUUUCACAAUUCUUAUAAAUCAUGGUUUAUUCCAUUCUGUUAUGCAUUUAAUGAAAUUUUUCGCGGAAGUUGUGCAAAAAUAACAUUUUUAUAUGAAUCUGGUACCUUAUUUUUUAUUGGUUAACAUUUCGAAAGAACUCCGUAGCAAUCAUACCUGCAAAUUUUGACAGCGUGCGUGAGAUAUUUUGACUAAAUAAUUUGAGUUUUUUAAUUUAUUUAUCUGUUAAAUGCCCAUUAUUAUUUUUCUUACUUUGGUAGCGCUCUUACUCAACUAAUUCUCAGUGACUCUACCAAUCAGAAACUGUAACUCUACUAUGUUGUAUUUAUGUUUGCUGCGAUUCUUCCCUUCACAUGCAACACUCGUCGACGUCACCAUUGUCGUUAUCGUGCCUACUGGUAAUGUUAGCUGCUCAAGCUUCUACUCUUCUUCACUCUACUUAUAUGUUACUUCAUGUACACAAAGUGUGAUGAUUUCUUUUCGAUUUUUGUAAUAGCUUCUAUGCCAAUACUCCAACUUGAAGAUUUUUUAUUAUUGAUUUAGUUUUUGAACCAUUCAAACGUUUUGGAAGCACGGCGAUCAUGGUAAACAUCUGCAAUAUUUUUGGCUCACGAUGUUGUA